AUGUGGUCUGAACACCUACGAGGUCAGGGGCCUGAGAGUAGAGGGCCGGGGUGGCGUGCCCAGGUACCGAUGGCCAGCGUCAUAAGGUCGGAUGCAGCUGCCCUGGGCCACCAUACCAGAUUACCAGGACCGGGUACCCCCGACCGACUCGAUCAUCAGACGCUGGUCGUACGACCAGCUCACCGCCCAACUGGCGGCCACUAUUGUUGA